GUAGCCUAGUCCUCUGGUCCACAAAGGAUCCAGUCAUCCGCUGUACGGGCCAGGUUUCAACAUGGCCGCCCCCAGCAAGAGUCUGUCCAGCGGGCGCGGCCAUCAUACCUCCCUUUAAAGUUCAGAAACCCAGAAUCCUGUUCUCGGGAAGGUUGCCCGGUAGCGGCCGACAGCCUCAAAGUCGCGACUGAGUCUGCGCACCCGCCUCUCGGGAUGGGAAGAGCUUGUCCUCUGGCGAGGCGGCGUGGUACUGCGAUCGAUUUGGGGUUAUGGGCGCGGAUCCAGGAAAAAUGGGAAAGGUUCUUUCUGGCAAAAGAAAUGACAUGUCCAUCUGUGACAGCAUCCCAAGAGUGAGCCUGGUUUCUGGAAACCUAUUUUGACUCCAUGACAGCUAGGAUGGAUGUGGCCUUGCCUGUGGUUAGAAAACGAAGAAUUUACUGAGUUCCCUGAGUGCCCUGUACACCUUUGGGUCCCAUCACCUCGCUGGACAGCAGGGCUCUCCUCACGGCCACAGGAUCUCAGUCACAUCUACAGAAGGCCCUGCCAGGGGCUGCAGCUGAGGGCCUCAGAUCUUUUUCCAAGAACAGCAGAAAAUGAUUGAGUACCAGCAGAGACCUGUGUCAUUCAAGGAUGUGGUUGUGGGCUUCACUCAAGAGGAGUGGCACAGGCUGAAUCCUGCUCAGAGGGCCCUGUACCGGGAUGUGAUGCUGGAGACCUACAGCCACCUCGUCUCAGUGGGUUAUGAAGGCACCAAACCAUAUGUGAUCCUCAGACUGGAGCAGGAAGAAGCACCGUGGAUUUGUGAGGCAGCGUGCUCAGGCUGCCACUGUCAGGAAAACAUUUGGCAAGUUAAUGUCCAGAGGAAAAGACGACAAGACAUACUUUUGAGGCAAGAUGCAUUCAUCAGCAAGAAAACACUGCCCAAGGAAAGAAGCCAUGAAAAUAAUAAGUUUGGGAAAAUAUCACUUCGGAGCACUGAUCUUUUUCCUUCAAUUCAAAACUCCAAUAACUGGGACCCUUGUGGAAAGAGUGUGAACCAUAACCUAGACUUGAUUGGUUUUAAGAGAAACUAUUCAAAAAAGCAAGAUGAGUGCUAUGGAUAUGGGAAAUUGUUACAGCAUACAAACCAUGAUCGAAGAGCUAAUGGAGAAAAACUCUGGGAAUGCAGUCACUGUGAGAAAGCUUUCAGCCAUAACCCAGCACUUACAUAUAAACCAGCAGUAAGCAAUUCUCUUGUGUACAAACGUAAGAGAGUUCCACCUACAGAGAAGCCCCACACCUGUAGUGAGUGUGGGAAAGCCUUCUGCUACAAGUCUGAAUUCAUUAGGCAUCAGAGAAGUCACACUGGGGAGAAGCCAUAUGAAUGCACUGACUGUGGGAAAGCCUUUUCACAUAAGUCAACCCUCAUUAAACACCAGAGAAUUCACAGUGGGAUAAGACCCUUUGAAUGUUUUUUUUGUGGGAAAGCCUUCACCCAGAAGUCACACCGCAGAGAACAUCAGAGAACACAUACAGGAGAGAGACCUUUUGUAUGCAGUGAAUGUGGGAAGUCAUUUGGUGAGAAGUCAUACCUCAAUGUACAUCUGAAAAUACACACAGGAGAAAGACCCUAUCGUUGCAGAGAAUGUGGAAAGUCCUUCAGCCAAAAGUCAUGCCUCAAUAAACAUUGGAGAACUCAUACCGGAGAAAAACCCUAUGGAUGCAAUGAAUGUGGCAAAGCUUUCUACCAGAAGCCAAACCUCAGUAGACAUCAGAAAAUUCAUGCUCGGAAGAAUGCCUAUAGGAAUGAAAACCUAAUAAUUGUGGGAAAGCCUUGAGCAAGAUACCCUAUUUCAUGCUAUGUGGAGGAUUUAUCCUUAGGAGAAAUCUCAUUGAUUUAAUUAAUUUGGACAAAGUGUUUUACAGUAAAGGAAGUCAUGCUCCAAUAGUGAUGGAAAAUUUUAUACAAAAGAUUACAGAAAAUACUUUCUAAAACAUAAACAUGGUCACUCUGGCUUAAGGAAGUUUAAAAAUUAUUAAAUGGAAUACAAAAUAUAUGUGAAGAGAAUUAGACGUAUGUUAUAGUAUGUUCCGCAGUGAGCCACAUAAUAAGACUGUUUAUAUUUUGGAAUUAUAAAUGUGAGUUUAAUAUAAAUUGUGAAUAUCAAGCACAUAUGUCACGCAGUAUGUAGAAUGCCAUUCACCAAACUUCCACUCUAAAUAUCACCACUGUCUUUUUGUGUCUUAACAAUACAAAAACAAUAAUAAUAAUAAUAACAUUGUCAACUAUUUUAAAAAAAGCUUUGACACAUUAUACCAGCUACAUUUUCUCCACCCUUUUGUAAUACAUGUAAAUAGCUAUAACAUUUGCUAUUGGGCCCUUUUCUGAAUAACAAAGCAAUGUUUCUUAAUGUCUUUUGUUAGCCAAAAGCUUUAUUAGAUGGUUUUAAUGUUAAAAAGGCAUUUGUUUUGCCUUUAUUAUUUUAAUAUAUAAGAUAAUAUAUAAAUAAAUAAAUAUAUUAAAUAACAAAUAAAUAUUAUUUAAUAAAUAUUAUUCAUUAAAUAAAUAAUAAAUUAUUUAUUUUGCCUUUAUUAUUGUUGAAAAGGCAAAGCUAAGGAAUAGUUUCACAACCUGAUACUGGAUGAACAAAAUACUAUAAACUUGAUUACUCAGCACAUUCAUUAUUUGACAGACGUAGCGUGUCCCUGGCAUACUGUGCACUAUUCCUAUUUUGUUAGUCUUGCUUAAAAUGCCUUGCAGCAAGUUAGUAGGAGAGACACUCUUUAUAUGAGUCUUAUAAUUCAGAAAUGUUUCAUGCAAAGACCAAUGAAGGAGAUUUUUUUUCUUUUUUUUGCAAAUUAAUUCAGCAACAUCCACUUUUCUUUCCUAUAAAUUUCCC